ACAACUUCAAACAACCACAACUCGUAUGUGCAACACUCUCCUCCCUUCUUAAACGAGACCCUCAAUUAUUCGGAAAUUUGAGAUCUAACAUUUAAUCAAACAGAACACCGUCACCAUGGUCAAGAAGAGAAAGAACAACGGCCGCAACAAGAAGGGCCGCGGCCACACCAAGCCCAUCCGCUGCAGCAACUGUUCGCGAUGCACUCCCAAGGACAAGGCAAUCAAGCGCUUCACCAUCCGCAACAUGGUCGAGUCUGCCGCCAUCCGUGAUAUCUCGGAUGCCUCCGUCUUCGCCGAGUACACGGUUCCCAAGAUGUACCUCAAGCUGCAGUACUGUGUCUCUUGCGCUAUCCACGGCAAGAUCGUCCGUGUCCGAUCGCGUGUAGGUCGCCGUAACAGGGCACCUCCCCCUCGUGUGCGGUACAACAAGGAUGGCAAGAAGGUGACUCCCACGCAGACUGCCAAGGUUGCCUAAAUGGUUUCGUUACGGUGUCUCGGGGAAUGAACAGGGUCUGGGAUGAAUCAGGUCAUCGGAAAUGGUUUCGCUUUGCAUGAAAAACGGUUUUCGGCAUGAUUUUCCAGAUAAUGACUUCUAUGAAUGAAAAGUCAUAUUGCCAUGAUGAA